AUGGACAAGAAGGAAAAGAAAGAGAAGAAGCACUCGGGCUAUCAUCGACCACACCGUCACCACCAUGCGCGCGACACGAUCCAGUCGGCAGUCCAGCUGCAGCAUCCAUUCUCCUUCGACAACUACAACCCUCUGCGACGAGCCCAGCAGCACCAUCACCACAGAUCCCGCCUAGAAUAUGCCGUCGACCACCCUCCACAGCGUCUCGUCACUGCCGACACGGUCGCUCAUGAGCGUCGACUACGCCAGAAGCGCCAGGAACACGUCUCUACCGCUCUGAACGCUCUCUCGCGUGACGCCCACACUGCCACCCGCAAGCUGGACGACACCUACUAUGCUCUACUCCAAAAGGUCGGUCUGCUCAAGGCCACUAUUGCUUCCUUCCAAGACCUACACUCCUGCCUCGACGACACCACAAAAGACUUUGCCACAAGAUCGGUUUCUCUGGUCAAGGACAUUACUGGCCAGAUUGAUGCCUUCCAGGACAUGUCCCAGCAAGACGAGUCCAUCGAUCAGCUAGUCAAGCGACUUCACAAGGCUAAGGAACGAGCAGAGACUUGCGAGUCCAGACUAGAGUCUUGUCGCUUGCGUCUGGAGAAAUGGGAAAAGAAAGAGCAAGAAAAGAACAAACGAAACAAUCGCACCUGGGCUCUAGCCUUGACCUCCCUGGCCGCUCUUGUCAUGCUCAUUCUUGCCAUCGUACUUUGGAGAAAGGGCUCUCUGGCUUCGGUGACUGAAAAGCCGUCCGAGUGGAAAGAAGCGCUGGGUCUGGAGAGGAACAAGACUGCUCCUGGUAUACAUCUUGUCGACCCUAAACAAGAAAAGCUGCAAGCCAAAGAAGCUGUCAAGUGGGACAGAUUGCUUGAUGAACUCUGA